CACAGGCGCUGUUGGUUUCCCGUAGAUGAAGCGCGAAUCCGUCUCUCCUUUAGGCACCAACAUCAAGCUAACUGGCUUGAUUGCCAUCUGCGGGGUCAGCGCAUCGAUUGCACAUUUGAAGAUUGGCCUUUACUAGCCUGUUGCAGAGGUAACAGUCUUCUCGAUCGGUCAGUAGUUUGUCUCCCCUUUGCCCAAAAGGCUGCACCAAAUUUAGAUUCAGAAUCUCGCUUGGCGCCUGGCGCAGCGUCACCUCACUGCUCAGAACAUUCUACUCGUUCUGAGGCUGCCUUGCCAAGUCGGUCUAAGGUUGCCAACGCCACUAGCGAUUCUCCCUAUUCUGAAAGAAAGUCUACUGUUACUGAUACAUCUUUCCAAUCCUUUCACAAUUCAUCUAUUGGCCCGAGUUCUAUCGAUCUCCACGCCCAUCCAAAUGAAUUGAAGCCGAAUGCCUCUGUCUCCUUGCAUCGGGGCGACCUCCAUUCGGACGGUUCAUCAGCAUGGCCUGCAUGUGAUCUUCGGCUGAUUUCUGAUCCUGAGCAGCCUGCUUCUUCCAAAGGGGACGCGAGUGUUAUAUUCAAGGGUUAA